AUGGUUCGCUCUGCGAUGAUAGCAGCCCUUGUGGCUGCGUUUGUCUCGACUGUCUCUGCUCAGACAAGUACCGAGUGCCAGCCCCUAAACGAAACAUGCUCGCCAGACCCGGCACUCUCUACAACUCACACCUGGAACUUGAGUUCUUCUUCACAGCUAGACACCACAGCGUGGAGUAUCACCAAUGGGGUCAUGAACUAUACCGAAGACGCCCUAGGCUUCACCAUUAACAAGAAAAUGGACUCGCCGACAAUCCGAUCAAACUUCUACAUUUUUUGGGGCCGAAUGGAAUACCAUGUGCGAGCCGCUCCUGGCCACGGCGUGAUCAGUAGUGUGGUGCUCGAGUCGGACGAUCUCGACGAAGUCGACUGGGAAUGGGUUGGCUCGGAGGGCAUGCAUGUUCAGUCUAACUGGUUCGGCAAGGGCCAGACAAUCGCCAACACCGGCGUCACUCACAACCUCACCUCCAAUGCCACGCUCGAUUUCCACAAUUACACCACCUGGUGGGAUAGCGACAAGCUCGAGUGGUGGUAUGAUGGUACUCUUCUACGCACCGUGACCUACGAAGAUGCCACCAACAGCUCCGGCACAUGGUAUCCUCAGACCCCCGUCACGAUCCGCAUGGGAAUUUGGCCCGGUGGUGAUCCUUCCCAACCCGAGGGCAGAAUCAUCUGGGCUGGCGGUGAAAUCGACUAUAACGCUGGGCCGUAUACCAUGUAUGUGUCGCAAAUAUUAGCUCAAGAUUUCUCCACAGGGAAGGAGUACAAUUACACGAAUCACAGUGGAGACUGGCAGAGCAUUGCAAUUGUUCCUGGCAACUCAACGAUCGAAAAGGAACUCAACAAAGUGCAUCUAUCCACAGCACAAAAAUGGGACAGAAUGUCCGAAGGUUCCAGAAUAGCCAUCAUCGUGGUUGCCAGUGCAGUCGUUGGCACCGGAGCGAUCGUGUUCCUCUUCUGCUGCAUUCGCCAACGACGAAUCGGCAAGCGCGAAUGGAAUAUCCAAAACAACAAAUGGGUGGAAGAACGUACGGAGAUGAUGAAUAUGCAAGCCGAGUGGAGACAAAAAGGAUAUGUUGAGAUGAAGUAG